CGCUGGGCAAUCGCGGUACCGUAGCUGCCACAGAAACCGGGUAACUCGACAAGACCGCGCCUCGCCUCUCUAUGAGUUCCUGAGCAGGAAGAGCCGGCAGAUCGAGAGAGGAGGACGGAUGACCCCGUUGAUGUAAUUUCUCUCGUUGAGUCUCAAUGAAACUUGUCUGAUUCUCCUUGGCAACUCUGGAUACAUUCGCUUUCCGGCGUGCAGAUUUCUUCCGUAGUGACACUCGCGCUUCCCGCACAAGAGAGUCCGAAGGCUUCUGCUAACACACAAUUCUCCUUUUAAGCGCAACUCACUUGCCAUCGUCCGGGAGCUGUCACUGAAUUCACCUCCCCCUUUUUCUGAUGAAGACACGCUAGAAUGCCGGGAGGCUCGUCAGCUCCGUCACCGGCACCUCGCGCAGGCCUGCUGUACCGUCCAAACCCUGCUUGCAAGUUCCUUGAGGCCUUGAAGAGGAACACAGACGAAGUUGACAAGAAAGAAGCCAUUGACUCGGUUCCCUUGUUUCCUCUUCCAUCCGCGACGUCGACGGUGUACACUGACACGGUGGUGACGAUUCAUUCGCUUGGAACUUCGGCGGCGCGUCUCGAAGUGUGGAACCCCAAAGAACCUCUUUACCCGAUACUUCUUCUGUGGGUCUCUCUGGCUACCAAGUCGGGAGUUCCUCGGAAUCGCUACGUUGUCCGGGUGUCUUCGCGCCUUCUCCGUCCCCACUCGACACGGGUCCUCGUAGGUGCAGCACUUGCCACGGCGGCUGUCCACCCACUUUUUGCAGCGCAUAACUUCCUCGUCGUUCGCCUUCCUUCAGAGAGCACCUCUGGGUCUGGAAAAAACGCAGACUACCAGACUUACUUGCUCGAGAAGGAACAGCCUUCCUCAACGCCUGCGACGCCUCCAGGCAUUCGCGCCCCUCGCCCCGCGGCCUCGGCACACGCGUCUCUGACCCUACCAGCCGAAAACGCUCCCGGCGCCAGCAGGUCCUUUUCCGGCUUCCGUGUCGAAUCGAAAGACGCUGGCGGCGCCGCCAGCCGCAUAACUCCUCGUUUCCCUUCAGCACGGUCCGCAGCUUCUUUCCAGAUCCCCGAGUCACCGGCGGCGUCUCUCUCCUCUGUUCCUCUUAUAGUCCCGCCUGCGUCUAUGUUCGACAGACAGAGGGGCCAGAGCAGUGGAGAAGAACGCCACAGUUCUCGUCUGGAAAGAAGCGUCUUGGAACACAUCGACGAGAUCGCGCGGUGCUCAGCCGGUUGGAACGCUGGGGGCGUCGGUGCCGCUACAUUCGAAAUCGCAGACUUCUUGCAGGGGCGCGGACCCUGGGAGGCGAGAACGCGACCGUCUCUGAGCCUUAACGGCGUCCUACGGAACGGCGGGCCACCCUCUGUUGACGCGGCGCCCUUAGACUUUGACGAGUCGAGACGGACCACUGCAGACCUUCAUGGACACCUCCAGGCUAUUGAGGACAUCCUCGAGGAAGAACGCGCGGCCCAAAACGCCGAGCGCAAGAGCGGCCGUAAGCGUCGCGAACGAGACAAGAAGGCGGAGAUCCCAGGGGAGAAGAAGGACAGCAAAGACGCGGAGGAGGCGGUGAAGCGUGCUUCCGACCCGGCAACUCCACUUUCCGAGAUGGUGCCCGGUUCUUCUACGCCAGAAGCAGGGUGGGAUGUCCCGGGGACCCCGUCGUUCCCGGACGCAGGCCGUUCACAUUUUCUGUCGACUCCAACGUCCCCCUAUGGGCGGAACUACUCAGCGCGAUGGAAUCGACAUCUCGAACCAAGUCCCCAAACAUCUGCGCGAUCGCUGGGAAGCCGGGCAGACUCUGAGAGCUUCGAGCGCGGCUGCCAAGGAGUGGGUCGAGGGCGCUCUACCGUGCACUGGCGAGAAACAGAAGCCCCGUUCCGGGAAGGGGGUUCAGGUCCCGUCGGCUCCGUCUCGCGAAUGUACACCGGGCGCCGGUCGCGGUCUUCCUGGCUGCCGUCGCGGUCUUUCGGGGGCUCGUUCGACGUCUCGCGGAGCGCCUCAGACUUGGCUUUCGGUCGCGAACGGAGUUUCCGCACCAUGAGCUACGACUACUCUUCGACAGACGAGGGAGAGCGGGACGGCGGGGCUCCAGGUGACUCCAAAGACCCUUGGGCCGCCUUCGAGCACGCUCGGCGUCGCUGGCUGAGACGCCAGCCGCACGAAGAGGGCGAUGCCCCCAACCGAGUUUUUCUCCCUUCACCGGUGUUGCUGAAUUACCUGCAGCGCAUGCACCAAAAGGAACAGCGUCUCCAACAGCGGAUCGAUGCGCUGAAUCGCGUGACCCCCCCCGAGGAGAGAAAACUCGCCUUCGACACGCUCUUCGGCCAAUGGAUGAAGGCCACAAAGCCACCCGUAGGCGCCGCCAUUGACGACCUCGUCGACCAGCUUCUCUACACGAUCCCCGCAGGAACUUUCCUCGCAGGAAGAGCCAGCAAGGCCCGACGUCUGCGCCCAGGCACACGCUGCUGGACGAUGGCUGGAGACGAGGAAGCCGGCGUCCGGAGCCGCCUCCAGUUCUACGAAGACCUUGCAGAAAAGCUGGAGGCCAAGCAGCGGCGCGACCGCGAGGCUGAGAAGGCGAAAGCCCUGAAAAAAAGCAAAAGAACCCAACAGGUAGACACGGAAGCGCUCUCCUUGCGCGCGAUGCGGAGGCAGCGCGCCGCUGGCGACACGCAGAGGGCCGAGAGUGACCUGAACUCGAAAAACCGGUUCACAAGGAAGAGGUCCACUUCCUUCUCGCUGGAUCCAACUGACGCGGUUUCACGGUCCACCCCAGCUUAUCAUGGCGGGUCUCUGUACCGCUCCGAGGUAUCGCCGCGCUUCACGGUUUCUCCGACCCACGGGAGAGCCUUGGAGGAUGCAGUAGAGGGAAGACUGCUUUCUCCGCAUCGCCUUGAAGUUUCUGUGGGAGGACAAGACGGGGAGUGGCGCCUGGUUCGCGACCUCUUUAGAUCUGAACCUGCAGGCGUUGCCUCGAAGCCUCGUAGAAGAAAGGCGAGCCGCUAUCCGACGGCUCUCUGGACUUGCAGGCCCCAGGAGGGACGGGCGGAAGCGGCGACACCUGGGAGCGGCAGUGCAGAUUUGUGUGCACUCGAACGGGAUGAUAUGGGAGAAGCGUCGGACGUUUCCUCUGAAGACGUCGUGAGAGGCUGCUCUGGAUCUAUGUGUGUCACGAGGAUACCUAGGGAGAAGCGGCUUCGUGACAUCCGAGAGGGACAGAGCCGAACGCGUGAGUCCUCAGGUAACGCUGGGGACUCCUGUGGGGUGGGAGAAGACGCGGGCGAGAGCGACGGAUUGCAGGGAGAAACAAAUGUCCGGAAAAGCAGGGCGAGGGCCGUUGAUGGAGAGAACAAGGUUGAAACGGUGUCUGUAUUGUCAAAGAAGGGGGAAUCUGCAGCCAGUCAGUUAGAUGCAGAAAGUCCCGUCACACUGAGUGCCGACCCUAUAACAAGGGAAACAGUGGAAACCGAGACGCGCGGGCGCCAGAGAGGCGGCCGCCGGGGCGAAAGGAAGGAGCUGAAGAGCGCAGUCGAUAAAUUGGGAGACAAGGAACUCCACACAUCCGCCUCGCGUUCAUUUGUCGAAUGCUCCACCUCUGCAAGUGCCUCUGCCGCUUCUUUCAACGCCACCUCGCCCCAGAGACAGCCGCGAUCAGCUCGUUCCAGCAGUCUCACUUCUUCGACAGGGACUAGACGGAAGAUCCGAGAGCGGCCCUCUUCUUCGGGUGCCAAGCCGGUCUCUGCUUCUUCAUCCUCUUCUUCUUCUUUGUAUUCAUCCUCUUCUUCGGAGACAGCAUCUUCGGUGUGGGGUCGGCCUGGAGUUCUUGACUCUUCGUCAAGAAGCAUGCGACGCCGUGUAGCCAAGCACGCGGGUCUCGCGUCUCUCUCGAGUCUGCCUUCUCCCUCUUCUUCUCGCUCUCUCGGCUCCCUGAGCUUGUCGGAUUCGAGCGUCUCCGCUUCUCCCCUGUCGGUGUCUUCGCUGUUGUCUUUUUUGCCUGAGGUCCCGCCGCCUGCGCCGAGGCACCGCUCUGGCAACACCUCGCCGUCGCUGUCCAGACAAGACCAGCGCGACGUAGAAGAGACAGACGAAACUUGGAAGGACAGUUCAUCUCUUUCCUCCUUGGCGGUGCAUGCGCCACACCAUUUUGAGAAUACCGUAGGGACAGAGAGGUCGCUUCCCUCGUUUCCUGCUGGGAGCAGCUUCUCGUCGCAAACGCGACGCAGAGCGAACGCGGGACUCGCGAGCUGCUCUGCCUCUUCGCGACGGGGCUUCCGCCUUUUCCACUCGUCCUCGAUUCAUCUUCAAUCGCCUCCGUCCCCCGAUGCGUCUUCUUUCCGAAGACAAACGCGUGAGACCUCUUCUCCAGCCUCUCUAUCUCCCUCAGAGUCUCACAGUCUCUCGCCUCUUCACGGGAGUAACUUGAGCUGUCCCCACAGCUCCACGAGGUCUUCCUCUCUUCACUCUUCUCCUCCGUCUUCUUCUUUCGGUCGUCGCUCUUGUUCGUCUCACAGUUUUCCGUCUCGAUUGACUUCCUCGUCUCCGGAUUCUCCUGGCUAUGCCAUCGAGUCUGUGCAUUCUUGUUCUCCUCUGGCUACAAGCCGGGAUGUCUCUUCUCCUUUCGGGUCCAGGAUUCAUUCUCGCUCCUGUUCGUCUUCUACUCCGAGGCUCUCUUCCCCUGUCUCUCCAGCCUCUGUCUCGCGCUCCCCAGGCAGCAGGCGGCGUACUGUCUCACACGCUUCCUCUGACGUCGACGAGGACGAAUCAGAAGCCGGAGCAGACGAACGUUGGCGAGACCUCGCUUCCGUUCUCUCCUUGCUUGCAUCUGGUUUGUCGAGUCUCUCAAACGAGUCGCGCCGAAAGCCGAAAGAGGCGAACACGCGAGAAUACUCUCCAGAUUCUUGGCAGGAGACACCGCCGUCGACGACGCGAGAAACAGUUUCGAUGGCUUCUGAUACAUCCAGGGAAGACACAGCAAAUGCCAGUGAAGCUUCCGGUCUGGAUGUUUCAAAUGCAACGGCAGUUACUGGCAAGCCCAGGUCGUCUCGAGCAGGCGCCUGUCGCCAUUGGCACUCGGAGGCGUCGACUCCGAUGUCUUCUCGUAAUUCGUCUGUAUGCAGUCUGCGUCGAAAGGGAAGAUAUCCCCAGCUGUCGAGCCCAAGACAAGGCUGCUUACAGAGUUCUUCUCCCUCUCCAUGCGACUCUCCUCACGUCUCUCUUGGAGAUUCGACGCUUGCGAACGACGCCAGUGGGGGGUCGUUGAAGGCGCUUCACAGAUAUGUUCGAAAAACAUACAAGAACGACUCUCUGGUUUACUCGGCGCCUCCCUCGAGCCGCGGAUCUGAGAAGAGCGGUGUCGCAAUGGAGCCCACACCCGAAUCUGCACCGAAAGGGAGUGGCGGCAUGCGGUCUGGGUCGAUUCUCAGCCUUCGAGCGGGGUCGUCGACUGCGAAGCUCGAGCCGGCGCAGGUAUCUCCUGAGUGCAAAGUGGGAACACUUGACGAAUGUGGACAGGGAGACAGACCGGCUUCGAAGGCCUCGAAAAAACCAACGCGAAAAAGCGCGGUUCCCAAGACGCCGCUUCCGAAGAACAAGGCGAAGACGAAGCUGCCUGCGCCGCCCUUGAAGGAGCGGAUGCGGUCGCUGGGUUGUCGCGCGUUGUCAAGGCUUCACAGCAGAUCGGACGCGAAGGCCUCGAGCCACGAGGCGCAGACCGGCCGAGACGGAGACGCGGAGACGGCCGAGCCUUCAUUGGAGUCUAAGGGAACAGGUGCGCCCCGAGGGGCUCCAUGCGGAGACAGCAAAGACAGAAAGGAGGAAGGGAAGGGAGAGGCGACAGGCCCUGGGGCGGAGCACGUGGAGGCGCAGAGCGAGGCUGCGAAGCCUUGGGAGGACGAUGAAGUACGUAAGGCAGAGGAAGAAGCUGAGAAGGGGAAGCGAGAAGCCGACGCGGCUUUCGAGGCCCUGUUGCGCUGGACAGACGUGUAUCAGAAGCAGUUAGAGACCAAGGAGGCGAAGAAGCCUCUCAGCGCGCGACAGAGCUCGAGAAACAGCUCUCGGGCGUCGGAAAGCGCCUCGCUUCCGACUUUCUCAGCGGCGGUUCCGCGCAUCGCUUCGCCUGGGGGAGCAUCCGGGGAACGACGAAAAGAAGGGAGAGAAGGUGGGGAUUCACAGAGGGAGAAACAGCGGGACAGUCCGCGCGGGAGCAACCGGGGCCGUCUCCUCUCGUCAUUGCCUCUGGGGCCUGGAGUUCCCGAGUUCGACCACCCCCUGAGGAAGAAGCGCGGCGAGACGAAGGCCCCGAGCCCCGCGAAGCUUUUGCCGACGCACCCGCCGAAGCCGCGGCCGAAACCGGGCGCCCAAGAGCCGGUCUCCAAGGAUCCUUUGGCGGCGUGUCUCUCUGGCAUCAAAGAGUUCCUCGCCAUGACAGCGAAGUUCCCCCAACAGACGAAGGCCCUCUUCAAAGGUGCCGAAGGUGAGAAGAAAAGACGAGAUCUGGAGAAGCAGACGACAAUGCUCGUCGGGGCGAUUCGCGCCGCAGCAGACCAAGGUGGCAUUGUCUACGCGAAGAAACUGAGGGAGCUGAUGGAGGCUGCGCAGGAUGUCGCUCGAGCCCUCGAAAUGCAUGCAGCCACUGCUGAAGAAGGUUUGAGGGACUCGCGAGCAGCGCAGGGAGGCGCGAGACAGGAGCGACACAGCGACAAAGGCUCCGCGAACAGCGGCGGAUACGACGGUGCGGCCAACAAGGGGAAGACCGAGCGCGGGAAACAGAGAACGCGGACGAUCAGACAGAAACAAACGCCGGCAGCGAAACGACAAGAACUCACCGAUUACUGCGAGCACCAAACUCUGAACAUGACCAUCGACCAGCUCGCUGACAGGGCCAACCGGGCCCUCUACCGCAGCGUGUCAGUGAUUCUAACGGAGUCGCUUCGGGCAACAAGACGCGCAUGCUUUGUCAUGGACGGCGGCCUCCGCGUUUGGGAGAAGCUGCCAGCUCUCCCCGCCAGCAUUCCUGUUCGGCCUCCAGAAGAAGUUGAAGAUACCGUGACCUCGGCUGUCGUUCAGUUCAACGUUCUGCGUAAGCGCGUGCAGAAGGAAGCGAAAGCGUUUGAGGAAGGCUUCAGCGACGCCUCGACAGAGCCAACGACGGGGAGAGGGCGAGAGAACGAGAGUCCCUACCGUCGUAAUGUGAUGCUGAGGCACAUUGCUGAGAAGCUCAAAGAUCCUUCCGAAGCAGAGAGACGCCGGGCGUACCGAACGCUCGAGAAGAUGCUGCGACAUUGUUUAAGUGAAACGCACUUUGUCUCCGGAAACGCGGACGACGACCUGCUAGGCCCUUCCGAGUUCGAGAGACAAGUGGCCAUGUACCGCGCGAUAGAGCGCAACUCCAUUCUUCAGCAACUGCGGGAGAUCUGCCUGUCGGGGAAAAUCAAAGCUGAAGCUUGGGCAGACUCAGACGCAAGUUCCGAGGACGGAGAGACACGCUCCGCGAGCCACCGAUCUCGCGGAGUCCGCAGCGAAGUGGGACGAACGAAGGCAGGCACAGUGAAGGGCGGCUACGACGGUGCUGCUGGCUCUGCGAGGGGGCCCUCGACCCUGAGAGAGCCGCACUCGCUGCCUGUUCCCAGUGGCCGCGGUUCUUUCAGUUCAUUUUCCAAGUUGGCGAACAGUGGACGGAGAGGUGUAUGCGACACGGCAGCCUUUCAGGGAAACAUCGGCAAAGCGUCACAUCGAUCGGGGGCUGCGCGACCGACUGAAGCUGCGCGACCGGCGCAAGCCCCGUUCCACCCGCCUCUCGAAGAACUUUUGAAGCAGCCAGUCGUCCCCAACAACUCCAACGUUUAUCAAAUCGUCGCGCAUGCGGCUGAAGACCUGGGUCCGUCUGCGUCGGCGCCGAGGUCUCCACGCCAUGCAGAUCUCGCACCGACUUCGCUCUCGACGCCCCCCGGAGCCGCGUCUGCUCGGAAGAGUGGCGUGAGCGGAGAUACGUCUUCCCUGGUCAAACCUCCUGCGCCGCCUGAGGAGCUGUACGCAGACCUCGAGCCUGUCUCGGCGCCCUUGAAGAGCGGCAGACCCGUUCCCCAGGAGCGUUUCCCAGAGGCGACCGGAAGGGAGAGAGAUACUUCUGAAAGGCGGUCGAUGUCGGCGGGAGUUCCGCUCCCGGGUGAAAGCCCCCGCGGCGGGGACAGAGCCUCUGGACCCCGGUGGUCGGGGGACGAAGAACCUUCAGGACGCCGGUCUCCAGUGCGACUCCCGACCGGCAGCGACGGGUCUGUAGUUCGGGGAUUUUCCGAGCAUCGGCUGCCUACCCAGUUGCGGCUGGACCUUCUUGAGGAAGAAGAGCGAGUGACGAGGGAGCAGAUCCAGCGCAUGCGGGCGGCAGCGGCGGCGAAAGACUUCUACUUGAAUAGAUACCCGUCAGGGCUCCCCGCCGCCUUCACGCACGCGCGAAACGUCCUCACGGAUCCCAACAAAGUCCAGAACACAAUCAGAGGCCGAAGAACCUCCGGAGUCUGGUUCCAGUACACCGACGAAAAGCGACAAGGUUUCAAUCACGCGAGAGAGGACGCCUCUAAAGCACUCGAGUUCCUUCUUCUUAACGUCCCUGGCAAGCAGCAUGGUGCGUCUCGACAAGGAAGUCGCUUGCGCCGUACUACGUCACGGCUGCGAUCUCGGACAUCACGGAGCGUGGGUCUCGGACGACCAGAACGAGAUGGAGCGAGCAGACUGGACAGCAGGGCGCCUGGUGCUAAAUAUGGUCCUCAGCGCGGGCCGACGGUGGUCGAUGAACGGCGAAUUAGCAACCUGAAAAUGGUGGAUCCACUGGAGUUCAAACCGCCGCCGAGGAAGAAGCAGCUCGCCGACACAGACUGGGCAAAGUACGGCCGUCCCGCGCCUCGAAUUGGUCGCGAGCACAGGGAACAGCUGAGGCCGCAGGUGACAGCUGACCGUGACCUGGAUGCCUUCGACUGGGCUCUGGACAAGAUUUACCACAUCGUCGUGGGCGGACAUCCGGACGACGAACACAAGAAAGCAAAUCCCGAGGGAGAGGGCAAGGAGGCAACGCCGGAAGGUCAAGGUGAAAACGCUCACGCGGAAGGCGGGCCAGACGGUACGCCGGCGAUCGCAGUAACAGCGGCGUCGCCCGUGAGUCCACGGUCGCCUCGGUUCGCGAAAACCCCCCGUGCAGUUCAGGACCAUAAAGUUCUUGCAGCAGCCACUGAAACGCCUUUCGGGAAGCUGGGCAGACCAGAAGUCCCACGGCGAACCCGCAAAGACGCAAAUUCAGAUUACCUCACCACACGCCAAGCCACGCUGAAGCUUCUGGCCACGAAGCCCCUAGAUCUUUCCAAGGUUCAGAAUCGCCACAAAGGGGCACCUGUCCCCAACUUGACCCCGGACGAACUGAGAGAACUGGAGCUUGAGAGCGACCUUGACGACUUUUCGUAUCGCUCGGGGCGGCGCAAAAGCAGUGGAGCAGGGGCCAGAUUGCUCGUACCGUCCGGAAGCAAACCAAGUGGCUUGCCGUCGCCGAGAUCAGAACUUUCAAUGAUUCAGGACCUCCAAGAAGGUAUAGAGAGAGGCGAGGAGGCGUUCUCUAUCAUUGGGCGGGCGGCCGAUCCGCGGGUUCUGGCAAAGGCUAAGAGAGAAGGCAGACACAUUGACGAAGACACAGCGAUUCGGCGCAUUCAGUCGAUGUGGAGACGACGUCGGGCGAAGUUACGAAAAAAAGGAUCGAAUCGGAAGUCGGUUACCUAUAACAUCGACCCAAGCCAGAACUCAACUCGGGACGAAAUACGUGAAAGGGUGUCGUCAAAACUACAGGCUCUCAGCAAAGCAGCAGAGAGAGCGCAUGUACGCAUCGCGGAAGGUCCACAUAGCCUCCAUGAUUGGCGUGGUGAAACGGGCAGCAACGGAGGUGGGCGGUUUACUCAGCUUCAUGAGAUUCCCGGCUAUUCUGGAGUUAGGGGGAACUUCGACGGCCUAUGGCGCAUAUGGUUGGAGCAAAAAGAACAAGAUCGUAAAGCUGCAGCAUGGCUGACAGACUCUGCAGCUGAAGGAGAGGCAGACAGUUACGGGCUCCCACCUCCGGUUUUCUCGCAACAAGAGAUGCUUAGUCCUUCUUUCGGCCGUUCUGAUCCACCAUAUCACCCAGCCCUUCCCGGCUUACAGUCGGAGGUUCCAAUGACAGACUACCACGGGGUGCCGACAUACCAUGUUUCAUUAAGAACUAACACAACUGUCUGCGGUACAGGAGAAAGAUAUCCUCCUGGUGGUAGUGGAUACGACAGCUCCGCACUCAGUUACGAUGUUGUGCGGGUUCCUGAUAGUAACCAGUUUGACGUCGCGGGCGGCGUGACGUAUCCAAACUUAGGCAACCCGAUGGACGAGUUAAGCGCAAAUCAUUUACAAGCGACAGUAGAUGCGCGAAGCAACCCGCUUUCGUUCCCACAUUAUGGCCAGGCUGCCAAACAGUGUGACGUUAAUAAUUAUGCCAUGCAAGGACCGUUUCAUGUAUCUGAAGUAAACAGGCCUUUCGAGAUGUUCUGGGAACGAAUGAAAGCAAAUGAUAUGUUCAGCAAGCGGGCUUAGCAGCGGAUAUGAGUCUGCUUGGGAAGGCCUGUUAUUUGGGCGAGGGUAAUGAUCCGGGGCAGCCUUCGGGCGACGUUCGUUUUUGCUGGCCAGCUGUCGUGCAAACAGUAGUUCCACGCUGCGGGGGACAAUGUGGAAAGCGAGCUGAGUCGUUCACUGUGUUCACCAGUAUAUAUGUUUUUUUUGACUUGUAAGCUGAGUUUGAUAGGUGCUAUGUCGGCGGACAGAAGUGUACACCCACAGUGUGGAGGGUCGACUUCAGUGAAACUGGCGGUUACCGUCAAAAGUCCAUAUGUGCAAAGGCAAUCAGUGUAUGAGUCAGAUUUUAUUGUGUUUCCCAUACGUCGAAAUUGAAAGACUGGAGAAAGGGAUCCGAAGCCACUUAUAUUCAAAAGAUAAACGUGAUAUUACGCACGUCAGAGUUUUUCUCGUGAUAACGAUGGACUGCGGUGAAGCGUGAAAGGCGAAAAAUACCAGGCUUAGC